UAGGAAAUCCUCACACAAAUAACCACACACCCCCUUUUGUGGCCUUAUACUACUUACAGGCAUACGCAUUCAUUGAAGGCCAAACUCUCUUCAGCACAAAAAAUUUCUUCUACAACCAUCCCCUCAUUCAAUUUUCCCCCCUUACGCUAGGGUUUUUCACUUUUCACCUUCUAUACGACAGCGUUUCGAGUUUCAACCAACUGUUGUCGUUCUUCUUCUUCACUGGCGAAACAAAGAAGAGAAAACGUGUGUGAAUGGCUACAGCGCCGUUGAAGUCUCAGCCUCUGCACAACUUCACUUUACCGUUUCUUAAAUGGGGAGGUACCAGCACUGCCAAGAGCCACCACGCCACCACCUCCAACAACCACCACCGCUUCCGCCGCCCUGUCUCCGAUCACGAGCAUGACUCUGACUCCGAUAACCGCCUACCACGUGUCGGAUCGCGACCACAGAGGACUAACCGCUAUGCUGUUUCCCCUUCCAACCACCACAGCAACAGCCACAACCAAAACCAAAACAAAAACCACACUCCUCCACUUCAUACCAACAUCAGCAACACCAAUAACGAGCAUGAGGCCGAAGACGAGGAGGAGAAGAAGCAUGAAACCGAGGUAGCUGAAGCGGCCGGGGCGGAGGAGGCGGUGCAGAAGCCGUGGAACCUGAGGCCGAGGAAGCAGACAGCGCCGGCGGUUACGGGUGGAACAUCGAGGAGCGGGAAUGGCGAACGAGUGGAAGCGGCGAACGCGGAGGGAGGGAAGUCAAUGAGGCUGAGAGGGAUGAUGGCACCGAUGGCGGGGCCGGCAGCGGCGAGGGAGGGACAGUGCUCGUCGGAGAAGAGGAAGUUCUGGAUCGCGCUUUCGAGGGAAGAAAUCGAGGAGGACAUCUUCAUCAUGACUGGGUCCAGGCCCGCGAGAAGGCCCAGGAAGAGGCCCAAGAACGUUCAGAAGCAAAUGGAUGUACGGACACUAUACGAUACGAAAUACAAUACUACCAAUGCAUCCUUCUCGUUUUGUUUAGAUAGUGUGUUUUCCCUGGGUUAUGGCUGGUAGGGGUUACUGCCGAAGCGUACAGGGUGGCGGAUGCUCCGGCAAAGAGGUAACAAAGAAGCUGCGGGGGAGUGGUUUGCAGCUUCUUACGAAGGCUGUUUUGGUUUUGGGGGAGGCAUGGUAAAUUGGGACCAGGAAUGGAGGUAUAAAUGCGCAGAAUUUGUGUAAAGACAGAAGGAAAUUACAUGUCUAAGUUGGGAAAAGAAGACCCAGCAGUUAUAUGAUAACAUAUAUGCAAGGUUCUUUUUGUCCUUCUUCCUUUUUGUAGCUGUUUUGUGUGUUGCUUCCUAGCACUAGCUUUGGAUAUGCAGGGUGGCAAGUUUAGUUUAGAUGAUUACCUAAGUAGUUUAAGUUACUCAUUCCUUGCAGUCUUCUCUGCAAGUAAAGGAAUAUCCAUAUCCAUAUCUGUAACUAUUUCUCUCUCUAUAUAUGAUAUAAUAGGUUAAUUAUGAAUUAAUUAGUAAAUAAAAAAUCUAAAGUCAGUGAUGAUUUCAGAGGUUUCUUGUUUGAAUUAUAGUUCUGAUGAUGUGUACAACCGGUUUCAACGUUUUGACAGG